CUCCUACACGUUUAAGUCCCUCCCAUUGAAACAACCUCCUUCAGUUUCACUUAAUCAAGCAGCGGACAGGUACUUCUCUCUCAACACUGACAGCAACAGUUUAAGAAUCCUGAACGAUUUGGACAUAAGCUCCCAAAUUCACAGUUUCCUGUUGCAAGCCCUGUCUUCUCCUGAUGCUUUCCAGAACUGGCUUCACAUCAGAUCUUUGAGAAUAUCUUCUUUGACUUACAAGGAAGAUUCAAAAGCUCAUCCUUAAUUUAAAUUAAACAACACCACCUUAACAAAUAGUUAUAAGAGAAAUCCUCGGACUAAUCAUCAAAGCAGAAAAAUGAGCCUCCUCAAAGAGCGAAAGCCAAAAAAACCUCAUUAUAUCCCAAGACCUCCAGGAAAACCAUUUAAAUAUAAGUGUUUUCAGUGCCCCUUCACCUGCAAUGAGAAAUCACACCUUUUUAACCAUAUGAAGUACGGGCUGUGCAAAAACUCAAUUACUUUAGUGUCUGAACAGGAUCGUGUUAUUAAGUGUUCAAAAUCAAAUUCCUUGGAGCCUAAACAGCUCAACCAGGCAGACUCUGCUGCCAAACCAACUUCCUCUAAAUCUGUAUCAAAUCUUGAUUCUAAACCUCAAUAUGCUUUUGUCAAAGAGGAUGCCAAGGAAAACAUAGAAGUACAGAACCAAGAAACAAAUAAAUCAUUAAAUGGGCAAAAAACAUCAAUUUACAAGGAGUUAACUAGCAAUGAAGAAGACUCGGUUACCAUACAGCCUACUCUUGAAGCCAUUGUAAGACCCUCUGCUUUUGUCCCAGUAGGAGAACACCGGGUGCAUACCAAAGACACUAAUGAUGCAUCGCAGUUGACAUCUCUUUCUGAUUCAAACAAAGCCUCCUCCUUUCAUGCAAAAUCAGCAUUCCAUGCUCCAACCAGCCCUUGGAAAACAGGUUCCACAUUUAUGGCACCAGAUUUUACUAACAAAAUUCCAUCUGCAAAAGGCUUCACCUCUAUUCCACCUUAUAUUCAGCCUAUGAUUCCUGAAUAUUCACCUUCAUUGUAUGAGCACGGAUUGGCGAUCUAUGCACCUUAUUUCCUAUCAGGAAACUCCCAUGAUUGUGAAAGUUCAGUGCUCUCUGUUUACAGCUCACAAGAUCAAAGGCAUUUCCUUCCUCACCCUGGACCGCUUCCUAAACCAAUAAAUCCAGCAACUUAUGAACACUACCGUUUAUUCCAGCAAUAUCAUCCUAAUCCCGCAGUACCAUAUGGAUUCUGUAGACCAACAGAAUCAGCAUUUUACAGACUGCCACAUAUUACAAGUAUUAACAGAGAUCCAAGUUCUCAUUUAAUGGAGGAAACAACUUUGUUGUAUCCAGCUUCCUCAAAUCCUGCUAGGAUACAGUCACUGAAUUCUCAGAAGAAAACGGCUGAUUAUGAAAAAGAAAUCUCUUUACAGCAUACCAAAAGUCAUACUAAAGAGGAUCAAAUCGAGAGAGAAAAUGCCAAAAUGAGUCCUCGUGCUGGAAGUGCAGCAACAGGGUCCCCUGGUAGACCCAGCCCAACAAAUUUCACUCAAACAAGCCAUAGCUGUGAAGGAAUUUUUGAUCUUUCUAGUAGGUCAUCUUCCAUUAACAUAAACCAGUAUGAUCAACCUGAGGAAGGCUUUACAGCAUUCAGACCUGUGAGGAAACGUACGGACCACUCUAUCCUCACUCUAUCAAAAGAAGACAGAGGAAACUCACCAAGAAGUAGUGACGUCCAUAGUGAAAAUGAAAAUACAGAGCAAUCAAAGGAUAAUCAUGAAGAGCCUCUGUCCAAUUCUGAAGAUGAUACAGGGAUAGCACCACUUAACCUUUCCAAGAAGCCACAAGGAAGCACAAUUCAUGAACAUAUGUACAAAAACACUUUCCAGCUGGAAAAUCAGAACUUUAUGGAACAGCAGGAAGUGCCUCUGAAUCUCUCAGUAAAAGACAACCAUAACAGAAAAGUAUUCCUGCAGAGCCCAUCACAAGGAGCUGAAGACGGAGAAUCUCUAAAAACAGAAAAUCACAAUAUGGGAACAGAUGAAUGCAACUCCAAGAGGACUGCCUUCGAUAAGUCUCUUAAUGCAACGCAAAGGAAAGAACCGCAGGAACUCACAACAAUUGACAGUUGUGAUGAGCAGAAACAAACUGCAGCUGUUGCUCUUUGCCAAUUAGCUGCAUAUAGCCCUAAUAAACUCCAAACAGGCAAUACAGAGAAUAGUAAUCAGGAGAGCAAUUCUCAGUGUACAGAUUCUGCUCCUGAACCAUCAGAUGUACCAGACAAUCACUGCAGUCAAAAAACAAAAGGACAAAAAAGGGCUAGUCAAAGAGAAGCAGCAAAAGGGCAGCAAGGAACAAAAAGAGUACGAACAAAUGAUUGCAGUAGAGUGUUUACUCUGAGAAAGAGAACCAGGGUUUCAUAAUAUUUCACUUUCUAAUGCACCACCAACUACACAAAACAGAAGUUGUCAACGGCUCUAUCAUACGGAAAGCCAAGCUUUUUAGUACCAAUUCCUAUUUUUAAAUAUGAAAGAUUCAUCUGAUCUGUUCAGGUUGACCCAUGUAAAUAUAAAAUGUCUUUAAUUUUGUAUUUUUAUUUCAGAGCAAUACAAGUUAUCUCUGGACUGUAAACUGAUUCUCUGAGCAAACAAUUAAAUGUAAAGUGAAUGAUACAUUUUUAAAGUGCACUAUGGCAGAAUGACUUCUACAUAAAACAUUUAUUAACAAAGAUGUAAUCUAUAAGAGUGUAAACCUUAUUCAUGAAAUCAUGUCACACCAUUCCUCUAACUUACCUUGUUUUCUUAUCUUUUUAUUUUAGCUUUAUUUUUCUUAUUUAAUAUGUUUUUGUUAUUUUGCCACAAUUGAUCUGAGCUUUAAAAUCCCCACCUACUCUUUAAAACUCAGUAGUUUGUGUGUUCUGAAUGAAAAUAUGCGAACUGAAACCCAAUUGUGUACAUUCACAGAGACCACAAAGAAGAACCUGGGGUUAGGAGCAUUCAUAUUCUCCUUGCAGAUUUGCAUAAAUUUUUUCCAUAAUCAAAUGAUACAGUGAAACUUUUCAGUGCCUUAUGUAAGAAAAACAUAAACUUAUAUGACAAUGGUUUAACAAGCUCACCCUAAAAUAUGUUUGGGUCAGCCUUUCUGCAAUUGCCAGUAAUAAAACUGUAUGAAGCUGUGCUGGCACAGCACUGGUAGACCAUACUUAAAACUUAUUUAUAAGUCCAUCAGUCGCUUGAACAGCAUGAUUCGCCUGACAACACUGUAUUUGUAUUUAAACUGUAAUGUGAAUAAUCAUGUUCUUCUUUAGCACAAUGGUGCUUGGUUCAGCCACUAAGGUCAUUUUUAGUACAAGGAUGACUUGUACUAAAAUUA